AUGGCUUCCCCAAAUCCAUCACAGGAGCUUUCGCACUCUCAGGACGCCUCUGAAGCUCCGAAACUGAGUCAACAGUCUCAUAUAGUGGUUCCCGAGUUUAAGGAUGAUACGCCUGAAGACACUUCUGGUGUUCGAUUUUCUUCCGCCGUCGAGGAGAUCUCACCCACGCAACCGGCUGCCGUUGAACCGUCGCCAUCGAACUUAGAACAGGAAGAUGGAGACCAAUCGAGUCCUUUCACAGAAGUAACUGCAGAUCAGCUCAAGGCAUUUACAAAGUCACUCCACGGACGACCUCUUCAAGAACUGCGCCUGAACAACUGCCAGUUUGAAGCAUUCUCGCUCCCACCCUCCCGAGUUCCAUCACACGAAGAUGAAUCCGGUCAGUCUACGAGACUGCCCACACCCACUUCUGCCAGCUUCCAAUCCCCACACAGCAGCCCUCAAAUCUCUUCAUUGGCGUCUCCUCCCCUUACACCCGCGGGAUCCGGCCAGGCUAGUUCGGAUAGAAAGUCUAGGGAAGGGUCGAAAGCGAACGAGCCUCCAAUUAUCACCCCACAACCGUCGUCAUCCCAUGACAGACCAUCAGCAGCCCCCGACAGGAGACCCUCGGCCCAAAGAGCUGCCUCGGAUCAUGUGGUUCGUAGAGCGUCCUCAGCUGAAGAGCAGCACCAACCUCAUCGCCGAGGCAUGUUUGGAGGCGGGGCCGGUUCAGUACCUGCUUCCCGAGAGUCGAGCCCUUCUCGCAGCUCAGCAUCCCACUUUUACUCGAAGCCAUUUACCCCUGGUGGUGAUAUCAAUGAUCCAUACGCCAAAGGUCGACGACCCGCGCCAGCAGCACACACCACAAAGCACUCGAUCGAUCCCAGAUUCAUUUUCUCUCGCAAGAAGAAGCAUAGCUCCCCUCAUGGAUCUAAAGCCAACCUCAACGAAAAGCGUGGAUCCUCGAUUUUCGGCGGCAGUGCAAGAAAUAGUAGUGAGGAACUGACGCACAACGAUAGUGUCACCACUGGCAGUCUUCACACUGGACAUGGCUCGAUGGCAGACUUGAAGCGAUUCUUUCGCAAGGGAGGACACCACAAUAAGAAGCGGGAGUCGUCUCCAGUGCCAUCAAUCAAGAUUGGUUCCAAGGCGGCCCCAGCAACUCCCAAAUCUACCCAGCAGCUACCUUUUGGAGAUGACCAUGGUCUCUCUUCCAAGUAUGGAAAGCUUGGAAAAUUCCUGGGAUCCGGAGCUGGUGGUUCGGUCAGGCUGAUGAAGCGCAAGGACGAUGGCACCGUAUUUGCUGUGAAGGAGUUCCGCGCGAGACAUACUUACGAAACUGAAAAGGAGUACAACAAAAAGGUGACUGCUGAGUUCUGUGUCGGGUCGACUCUACACCAUGGCAACAUCAUCGAGACAUUGGACAUUCUCCAAGAAAAGGGACGUUGGUACGAAGUGAUGGAAUAUGCGCCGUUCGAUCUCUUCGCGAUAGUCAUGACCGGCCGGAUGUCGAGGGAAGAGAUAACGUGCUGCUUCCUUCAGAUUCUGAACGGUGUGACCUAUCUGCACAGCGUGGGGUUGGCACAUCGCGAUCUGAAGUUGGAUAACGUGGUUGUGAGCAGCAAGGGCAUUAUGAAAAUCAUUGAUUUUGGUAGUGCUCAUGUCUUCAAAUAUCCAUUUGAGACCGACACUGUGCCUGCUAAAGGUAUCGUCGGCUCUGACCCUUAUCUUGCACCCGAGGUUUACGACUCGAAAGAGUAUGAUGCUGUGGCUGUAGAUAUUUGGUCUCUGGCUAUUAUCUUUUGCUGCAUGACUCUUCGUCGUUUCCCUUGGAAGGUGCCGCGAAUGACAGACAACUCUUUCAAGUUGUUCGCAGCGGACCCAACUCCAGGACACGACCCCAGAAAGUUGAUUGCGCCUUCAAAGUCAACGAAUGAUUUGACUACCACACCCGCACGGGAUUUCUUGCCUGAGGACGAGACAAAGAAGCUUCCUCAACAGGAUCGAAAAGCAGAUGGACCCUCAGACCAGGCCAACACCGCGAGUGAUUCCAAGACAUCUGAACCCAAGCCUUCAGGUUCAGGAGAGAAGAAAGAAGUCAUUCGGGGACCAUGGCGUAUCCUGCGUUUGCUGCCUAGGGAGAGUAGACACAUUGUUAGCCGAAUGCUUGAACUUGACCCUAAGAAACGAGCUCGCAUGGACGAGAUUCUUCAAGAGCCAUGGGUUGCCGAUACCGUCAUCUGCCAGCAAUUCGAUCAUGGCGAGGUUGUUCCGGCGGAAGACCACACCCACAUCCUGGAACCACCAGCCAAUCAACAACCGGAAAAGAAGUGA